AUGCAUCAAUCAUGGAACAGGUGGUGUUCCCUUCGGCGGAUGAUAUUCGCAGUUGCUAGCACUUGCGGUGUUUUCACCUACUUGAUAUGGUUUGGGAUGAACUCAGACCGUGAUAAUGUCCCCCGGCUCCUCACACAACUUAUCCCAGCAGGCCACUGUACCUGCCAGUCAUCUACUUCAUUCCAAUGUGCCGACUGCCUCACCUGUGUCGCCUCGCCCUCGUCAUUGGAACCAAAACACCUUGCAACUUGGAGUUUCCAGUACGGACGAGACGACCAGAACCUAGGCCUGACCGAAAGUCAGUGCCAGGCAGCAUUCCCUGGUCUCUUCCAGGACAUCCAGCGAGGAGUCAAGUAUUGGAAGUCGCAAGGGCGCAUAUCAAGAGACGAUCUGAGCACAGUCCCAUUUGAAGAUGGCAUGGCCCGCGCUAUCAUCUCCAACGGAGACUUGUACGUCGUGGCGACAAGAGCGAAAGGGGAUGACCAUCGACGGAAGAUCCUUGGUACUCUAGGAUCUAUCCAUCGGGCUCUAUCGGCGUCCUCAAAUCGUACCUUGCACCCCACGAUCGAGUUUAUCUUCUCGAUCGAAGAUCGUGUGGAUGAUGUUGACGCGGCCGGCCACCCGGUCUGGGUGUUAUCGAGGAAAGCAUCCGAGGAGUCAGUCAUUCUGAUGCCUGAUUUUGGGUACUGGUCCUGGGACAAGAGUAACAUCGGCCCAUAUGGACAAGUCGUGCAGAGCAUCAUGGCCGCUGAAUCCAAUCUGAAAUUUGCAGAUAAAGAACGGAAGCUUGUCUGGCGGGGUAAGCUGAGCUUUGCGCCAAAGCUGCGUCGGGCACUCUUGGACAUUGCACGGGGUAAAUCUUGGAGUUAUGUGAAGGAGUUGGAUUGGAGCAAGCAGGCCAACUUCUUGUCGAUGGAGGAUCACUGUCGGUACAUGUUCAUCGGACAUGUCGAGGGUCGCGCAUACUCGGCAUCCCUUAAAUACCGACAAGCCUGUCGGUCUGUUGUCGUGGCGCAUAAGCUGCAGUAUAUUCAACAUCACCACUAUCUCCUCGUAUCGUCCGGCCCAGAACAGAACUACGUUGAAGUUGAGAGAGACUUCUCCGAUCUCCCGAAACGUAUGGAUGAACUCUUGAAGAACCCGGCCAAGGCAGAGUAUAUAGCCAACAACAGUAUCAAAACCUUCCGAGAACGAUACCUAACCCCAGCUGCUGAGGCAUGCUACUGGAGAGCUCUGUGGGAGGGAUGGCUGAAGUCUCGGCGAAUGUCACACGCGACAUUGAACGGGCGCCGGUCGAUAGGGGACUCCGAAACAAAGCAAUCCUCCAUCAGCCCAGCAACCCCCUCAAGCCGCUCCUACAAGGAGGCUAGCACCAGCCGGUGGCAACUACAAUCCCUCUUCCAGUCAUUCCUGGAGGACAGACCGGCCAAUACCAUGCUUGCCGUUCAAGAACGUCGCCUUCUCGUUUCCUGGGACCUCAAGGCCAUCCAUUACUUGAGAAGAUGUCUGAGGACAUGGAUUCAGGACAAGGUCCCAGGCGACGCGAUUGGUGCAUUCCUCGUGACUAUCUUGUACGAACAAGACUUUCACCUGGAUUACCGGCUGACCAUGAUGGUUCAGGAUAGACAGACCCAGCUGCACAUCGCUCGUCGUCUGUUGGCAUUCUACCAAAUCCGAGACGAAGCAGGCACCCCGAUCUGGGAUAACGUAACCGUCUAUGACGAAGACGCUCGCCCAAAACAACCAGCUAUUCACCGCAAGAGCGUUGCCGGAAGCUUCGCCAUUGCCAGGAAAGAGCUUCCACCUCGUAUCCCUACACCACCACCUGCUGACCCACGAUGGCCCCUCUUCAUGGGUGCACUCAGCGACCCAGAGAUUGAAGACCUCAUGGACAAGCUAGGCGACGACGACCAGCAUUCAGGGGAAGAUCUGCCCCCAUUGUUCACCGGUGUGCGUGAGGAAGAUAUUCCCAUCAUCCAGGCGUUCCGGAGAUUCAAUCUGCACAAGGAUGAUUCCUCCGAGGACCUUCCUCUGCCUGAGUCUAGGACCGAUCGGAUUGGUGAUACAUCGAAGCAGACUAACACAUCACAGGAUAAGCCCCUCCCUCCCCCCAUCACGAGGAAGCCUCUCCCAGCCCUGCCCACUGACAAGCCUCUUCCCGCAUUUAAGCCCCUUCUCCCCCUCCCACCUCUUUCACGUAUCUCAAGCCCAAGUCCCUCAUCUGUGCGUGUGUCGACUUUCAAAUCAGGGAAGAAGCUUAAAGUCAGAUGGGCAGACCGUAUGCCAGAUAGACAUGCUGACAUUCAACAGGGGGAUAUUAAGGAUGAUCUGCGUUCGUCCGCGCCAGCUCGCCCGGAGCUCUCUGCUAGCGGGAACCAACCGCAGCUUUCUCGUCCAGAGGACAUUAUUCAUGCUCAUAUUCGCACUCCUUCGCAUUAUACCGCUCCCCCACCUCCGCCUCAGCUUAGAAAAAAACCUGCGGUUGAAGACUUGCGCAAGGCUGGAGAGGGUAGUGGUUGA